CUCCGCCUCCGCCCUCCUCCUCGGUCUCCAGCCGCCAGCCAACCGCGCGGCCGCUUGUUGAGCCCGGGCUCCUCCGUCUCCAUGACGCCCGGCAAACAUUCCCGAGCCUCAGCCGGAGCCGCUAACGCCUGGGGUUGGGGUACAGGGACGCCAGAAGCAGCUAGGGAAGGGGGUGGCCGACCACUCCACAGCCUGUCGCCACCAUGCCCAUCUCUCCAGUAAACAGCCGCAAGCAGCAGAACCUCUGGUUGAGCGUUGGCCCACAGCCAAAGAAAUCUAUUAGCUUUACUAACACAGUAAAAGGAGGUCAAACAAAAGGAUAUGUUGGUGCAAACCAAAGCAGAAUGGCUAUGUCAAAAACCUUGACGGUUCUACCUGAGAUAAAAACAGAAAAAAUGAAUAUCUCUACCCCAAGGACAGUCAUACAGGUAAUUAAUGUACUUGGAGUUGAUGUUACUCCCCGACCUCUUUACCAUCAAGACACACAUAUGGGUGCAGCAAAGCCAAGUAAAUUAUUGACAUCACAAGAAGGAUCAUAUGCAUCAGAAUAUAUAUCUUCCUAUAGCCUGUAUCAGAAUACAAUAAAUCCUAGUAUGUUAGGGCAGUUGACAAGGUCAGUUUUAGGAAGCAGUACAGUUUCUAAAUCAAGUGUAUCUACUACUGAAUCAAUAGCAGAAGACCUAGAAGAACCAUCCUAUAAACGGGAAAAACUGAGUAGUUUUACAGACUUACGAGUUGUGAGGGCAACACCUGAGAAAAUUGUAACAAAAGAAGACCUACAAAAGACAAUAGAGAUAACACUCACAGAGACGGAAACACUGAGAUUUUUUAACCUACCAACAGUCAUGGUUUCUGUGGAAUCUGAAGAAGCUGAGAAGGUCAUUCGGAGAAACAAGAAUUAUGAGACCCUUUGUAGAAAUAGAUUAGGCAAUGACUUAUAUGUUGAAAGGAUGAUGCAGACUAUUAAUGGAGCUCCAAAGAACAAAGAGGUUCAAUGUGACAAAAUCGUAAAGGAAGACAAAGGUGUAAUGUCCAGUACUUGGGAUUUGUAUGAUUCUUAUAAUGCUAUCGAGUUUUCAUCUUUACCAGCAAAACAAUCUAUGCUUGAAUCAAGCAGUAAAGCAAUUGUACCUUCUAAAGAUCGAGAACAAAGAGUACCAGGGAGUACUAUAGACAAAAAUAGUGAAGCUAGUUCUUUAAUGGAUAUAGAAAAUGUAAUUCUGACUAAAAUCCAUGAUGAUGAAGAAGAUCACUCAGAGUCAAUAAUGAAAUCUGACAAGUUUCGUCAGGAUUUAUUUUUUAUGGAACGAGUUCUAAUGGAAAAUUUAUUUCAGCCUAAACUUGCAGCUUAUCGUCAGCUUCCUAUUUUAAAAGAACCAGAACCUGAAGAACCUGAAGAUUUUUUAGAAGGUGAAAAACUUGAACAAGAGACAGAGGAAGAGGUUAAGAAGGAAGAGGAAGAAGAAAUAGAAAUAGGUACAGAACAGUCAACAAUACCAGCCAAUUUGGAACGACUUUGGUCCUUUUCCUGUGACUUAACCAAAGGUCUUAAUGUGAGCAGCCUUGCCUGGAAUAAAACAAAUCCUGAUCUUUUGGCUGUUGGCUAUGGGCACUUUGGAUUUAAAGAGCAAAAAAGAGGAUUGGCUUGCUGCUGGUCAAUAAAGAAUCCUAUGUGGCCAGAACGCAUUUAUCAGAGUCCAUAUGGAGUGACUGCUGUGGAUUUCUCAAUUGGAGCACCUAAUCUUUUAGCAGUUGGCUAUCACAGUGGCACCAUUGCCAUUUAUAAUGUGCAGAGCAACAGUAAUGUUCCGGUUCUGGAUAGUAGUGAAUCACCUCAAAAACAUUUGGGACCUGUAUGGCAACUACAAUGGAUAGAACAAGAUCGAGGGACAACAGGUGAUGACAAAAGAGAAAUACUCGUUUCUAUAUCAGCAGAUGGAAGAAUCUCCAAAUGGGUUAUACGGAAAGGACUAGACUGUCAUGAUUUGAUGCGUUUGAGGCGAACUACUGCUAGCAGCAGCAAAAAGGGAGGGGAAAAGGAAAAAAAAGGUGAAGCUCUGAUAUCUCGACAGGCUCCUGGAAUGUGUUUUGCUUUUCAUCCUAAGGAUACAAAUAUCUAUUUGGCUGGCACUGAAGAAGGUCAUAUUCACAAAUGCUCUUGUUCGUAUAAUGAACAAUACCUUGAUACCUACAGGGGACAUAAGGGCCCAGUGUAUAAAAUAGCAUGGAAUCCAUUUUGUCAUGAUGUGUUCUUAAGCUGUUCCGCAGAUUGGAGUGUUAUUAUAUGGCAACAGGAGAACACUACGCCAUUUUUGAGCUUUUAUCCAACCACUUAUGUUGUUUACGAUGUUGCCUGGUCUCCAAAAUCCUCCUAUAUAUUUGCAGCUGCAAAUGAGAGCAGAGUGGAGAUUUGGGACCUUCAUGUCAGCACUUUGGAUCCUCUCAUUGUGAAUGUUGCUAACCCUGGAAUCAAGUUCACAACUGUUCUCUUUGCCAAACAAACAGAUUGCCUUCUAGUGGGUGACAGUGAUGGACAGGUUGCUGUGUAUGAACUAAGAAACAUGCCCUCUGCUUUGGAUUCUGGCCGGGGAGAUAUAAUAGAUACUUUGCUUGGACCCAAGUCAAACCAACAAGGAUAAUUCAUCAUUACUAAUAUUUUCUCUUGUUGAUGUUUAAAGAAAAAGAAACAGUAUUUAAUGUCCAGUAAUCCAAUUUGUAUGCAGUAAGCUGGGAUUUUGAUGUUAGAAAAUGAUAUUUGAUGUAUAACCUCUAUUUUAACUUAACAAAUUUAAUACUUUUAUUUCAGAGAUAUGUGAUUAGUUUGAGAUCUAGGCUAAUUAUAAGAGUUCUGUUGGGAUUUUCUUAAUAUUUUUAGUCAUAUUCCAAGUACAUAUAACUACAUAUGUGUACUUAUGAAAUAUCCAAAUAGGUUAGAAAAUUAUUAUUCCAUUAGAAGCAAAGCUUGGAAAUUAUUAGAAUUACUUAGACCAAAAAUCUUUACAAGAUGAAGUUCCAUAGACUUUUAAAUCUUCUGCUUUCCAAGAUCUAUCUUCCAGAGUUUAUGAAUUAUGCAUGUCUUAGUGUUAUGAGAAUAUUGGAUUCUCACACCCAACUUUAAAUCAGAAUUUUAUCCUCUUAGAUUUGAGAGCUGAAGCUAUGAAACUUUAUUAGACUAUUUGACAAGGAAAAGACAUGACAGAAAAUGUUGAAAUUGCAUUGUUUAGCCACCAGGCAUCACACUCCCAAUUCAGUGAGAAGAGUUAGUCUGGGACACAUGGGAGCACCCUCCUCUGCAUGCCCAAAAUCUGCUCUGGGUUUUAAGCCCCGACUUGAGUGGGCCCAGAGAGAAAAUAGAAAGUCCUUGCUCUAUAGUUGGCAUCAGGAUGUUAUCUUAUGAAGGGUUCUAGAGCUAGCUUGUGGAUACAGGAGGAGUGGGAGGUAGCAACUCCCCCAGACAGAUUGCUAACAGCCUAUCCCAUGCUGUUUGUUAGAACAAGUCCUGCGUUUUGUUAACUGAGGCCAUAGGACAGUAUGACCUGUUUUGUAAAGCAUUCUAAGUGGAGAGGAGAGGAUAAGGCAUUUGAAACUCACUAAACUCUCUGGAAAAAAAGUAUGUGUAAAACUAAGAAUGGAAUCUGUGCAACAGUAGAAACUGCCUUUUAUAAGUGUCCACUUCUUCACAAUCUCCUUUUCUUUGGAGCCAUCCUUUAAACAAAAGUAAGGUGAUUCUCAGGUGGAUUGAGAGCUUAGAUCAGGUAAUAAGAAUUAUAAAUUUUCUGCUGAUAUAAAUCAUUGUGGUUUAUCUCUUUGUCUUUCUGAAAGGUUGGA